UGGGACCUUUAAUAGAUUCGUACAGGGAACCAAAUCUGUUAUCAUCAGGUUCCUCAGACAGACCGAGCUGCUAUUGAUUAUCUUGUCCACAUUUCAUGACGAUUAAAAUGAUAUUUCAGGUAUCGUGGCUUUAAUGACAGAUUUAGUGAAACAUUAAUGAUAAAGUAUGCGGCCCUGUGUAAUGGUUGUGUGUCACAGCUGAGUAUUCACUUUACAACACACACAGUCUGUGGAACUGUGUUUGAACUCUGCUGUCUUUUUCACUCAUAGAUCUGCACAGUGGUGGAGGGAGCAGAAGUAUUAAUGUGUGAGCAGGUGGCCCCAUGUGUACCUGGGGCUGACCACCAUGGGCCAGAACAUGUCCGUCCCCAACCUGCAGCGGGCCCUCAGCCAGGCGCUGGCUGCGGGGCCCCCAGGCUCUCCCUCCAGCGGGUCAGCAGGCUCUCACCAGCCUGUGGUCACAGCAGAGCUCAUGGUCCACCCGGGGUACCCCAGUCUCCCCCAGGAGGGGGGCUGUGGGGAGGGCCCCGACGAAUUCUCCCAGUCCGCUGACAGACAGCACGAGCUGGGCGUGCUGAGGGACCCCACCCUGCUGGCACUCUACCGCAGGGAGGGGGUGCAGCUGUGUGCCUUCAGACACCUCUGAGCACUGUGUGGAUCCUAUAGAGACACAGUGGUUAGAGCACAAAUCACUCUCAAUGUGCCCGGACUAGCAGUAUGUGAUGUGGGGGGUGAGGAUUUUACUCCAGACGUGGUUUUUAUAAUAGCAUAUCUUAUCUUGUUAUUGAAACAUUUCCUAAAAUCACAGAAAUAUGUGCACUGCCACGCUGUUAAAACUUUAUGAAUUAAAAUUCUAACUAAUCAGUCACUAAUUAAGUUAAUAAUAAUGAAGGAACGCAGAGGUUGGACUGAGUUAUAGACUUUCACUUUCUAUAGAUCCUUACAGUUGAGAACAAAACUGGUAUCUGAUGUUUCUCUCUCUAAUCUUAAAGACAAAGUGUCAUUUUUAAUGGGGGGGGGGCUCACCGGGGUUGUGCUAUCAUGCAUAAGGGGUAUUUAGCUCAAAUAGGCUCAGGAAGAGGUUCAAUAAUCUGGAUUAGCUGUUGCUUUGUCGUCGUCCCGGACCUGUCUCUGACCUCUCUGUCGUGAUGUCACCAGAUGUCAGUUGCGGAAUGAAACUUCAGAAGGAAGUUGUAAUUAACUUUAUUCCUUUAAAAGGAAAACUGACAAAAGGAUGAUUUUUAUAACAAUCAGUCAACCCAUUUUCUCUUUUAUUGUUAAAAACAUUAUUUUUUCAUGGCUGCACACAAUGAGUAAUUGAUAUGCAAUUAAUCGUUUUGUGGAUGAAGUAUCUUCAGAGUUUGAGUCUUAGUUUUGUGCUCAUGUGUAUUCCUCAGUAAAUGAAGCCAUGUUGUCGUUGUGGAUUUGAUUAAAUGAUUCCUAAUGAACUCAGGUCUGUAGCACUGAACAUCUGAUAACCUGCCAAAUGUUGGACUCUAAGUGAAUGUGAUUGAACAUGCACCUGUAACAGUACGCUUUGUAAUAUUUAUAGCUUUUUAUCUGGAUAUUUGAAAUUGUAUAUUUUGAUAAAGUUUCUGUUGAAACUUGUUUUACAUUGCUGUGUUUAAAUUGUUACAGAGAUAACGACUGAACAGCUGGGCGAAUAAAUGAUGUCAAACCGA